AUGGGCCUUCAACUGUCUCUCCAUAUUAUUCUUUCUGCGCUGAUUUUUCCAUUUACUGCCAAUUUUGCAUUCUUUGGCGGUAUAUCAAAGUUCUUAGGUCCAUUAUCUCAGUUGUCUAAGAACACUAUUAAGUUUUUGAACGAAGUACGACCUUCACAACAAGAAUUUGAGAACUUCCGUAAUAUAGGAGCCACUACGUCCCAGAUUUUAUCUAAGAGCACCCCUGUAAAUUUGAUGGCCUCUCUUUCGACUUUAGAGAUAUCGUAUGGAAGAUUUGACUCAGGUGAUGUCGGUGAGUUCCGCUCCAUGUUCAGAAAUUUGAUCAGUUCGAUAGCUGGUCUACAAUGGUUUUUUUCCCGUAUUCAGGAACGUAAAGAAGUCUUACUUGAUCGAGUCGUGACUUUGCGAACUAGAACUGGCACUGUCGCUUCACUUCCUCCUGAGCAUCCGACUAAGCUCUAUGAAGCAUUACAUAAAAAAUAUCUUCCGGUAGGAGAGUUUGAGUCGCAGAGGCGACAGGUAUUAAGCGAGAAUGCUCGAGAAAAUGAUUCUAAACAUAAUCUGAGUAUUGAUGAUUUGGAUAAGCUGGUUGACCUCGUGAGUGAUCGGUACACGGAUGUGCUUGUUGCGGGAGAUAAAGCGAUUGAAGCCCUAGCUGGAUGGCUCCAAGCAGCAAACUCUUUCAGACUAUAUAGUCGAUUAAUUCCCGGGCAGUAUAAAAAGCAUCAGGCUGAACAGGUUAAACAGAUGGAACAUAUUAAAGUAGCCCACGAAAAUCUGCUUGCUGAGAUCAAAAAGUUGGAUGAAGACCGCUGGCAAGAAGUGUUUCAUGUUGAGGAUGAAUUGGGUCCAUUAGCUGCUGCAUUUAUUGCUCAAGGGGCUCUUUUUGGAUUUUCCGUCAAGCGCUAUGCACGUGUACUCGCGAGAAUUAUGGACAACUGCGAAACUUUAGAUAAAACUAGUCCUCUUCCAUCAUUGAGACUGCCAUUCAAGAAAACGGACCGAGCUAAAGUCAGCUUUGAUCAUGAUAUAAUCGCUGCUGAUCAAAAUGCGACAGAUGAUGGUCCAUCAUCAUCGGGUUAUUACGCACAGUCAUCUACCGAAGCAAGAGAUCCAGAUGCUGCACCACCCAGAUUGAUUGCGCAUCUUGUUGGCCGAAAGCUUGUUCAGUUCUACAAUCUAUUGCUGAGUGAUAGGUGUCUGUUUGCAUUGCGUACUGCAGUUAUUGGUGUUGUACCAGCCAUUCCGGGAUUCGUCAGGCCGACCGCCUUCUUCUACUAUAGCAACAGGUUGAUUUGGGUCGUCAUCAUGACUGUCAUCUCCACAGCUGACCUUCCUGGUGAUGUGAUAAAGGCUUACAUCCAAAAAGUUAUAUAUACUUUUUUGGCCUGUGUUUUGGGUAUGGUCGGGUGGUAUAUAUCGACUGGAAAUGGUAAUGGUAAUAAGUAUGGCUAUGCGAUUGUGAACAUUUUUUUAUUGUACUUCUUGGUAUGUUACCGGCAUUUUUCGAAGCACACUCUACCAACGGCAGCCAUUGUUCUCAGUGCUUCAACGGUCUUAGUUAUUGGCUCAAGUUGGCAAAAUACACAGGCACCGGGUCCUGGUAUGCAUGGUUUUGGCUUCCGUGUUGCUUGGAUCCGUUUUGUAACUGUCUUAGUUGGUGUGACAUUGGGUUCGCUAGCGAGCUGUUUCCCUAAACCCAAGACUGGAAGACGUGCUGUACGGAAUAUUAUUUCCCGGGUAUUGAGAAGCAUUGGAAAUAUCCACUGUGAUAUUGGCAAGUUUGGCGUUCAACGAUCACACGACCCUGAUGUGCACAGAUUACCACGUAAAGAUUUUGUUAGUGAUGGCCUUGCAAAAAUCCUACUCAAGCUGGCAUCGAUAGGGCCCCUCAUGAAAACUCUCAAGUAUGAGCCUGAACUUACUGGACCGUGGCCACGUGCCAAGUAUGAAAGGCUUGUCAAGCUGUGCACUGAGAUCUCUCAUUUGUCGUUUAGUCUUUAUAUUGUUUUUGACCAAUUGAAAGACCCCGAACAGUGGGUAAAUGUCGUCGCUAGCCGGUGUGGAUGGACGUCUAGUGAGAUGAUGACCAAUUUUUUUGCUAUAAUUCACAUGACUUCUUUGUCGUUAACUACAGGUGGCCCACUCCCACGGGUCAGUCCCGCCCAGUUAACCCUAAAGCAUCUAAAGUUACUUGAAGAUAACUAUCAUGUCAAUGUUGAUACCAUGGUGGGUAAGAUUAUGAAAGAGCUAGAUGACAUAAGAGCGGGCGUUGAUAUUGAAGCAGCACCAUCUAGCAGACCAAGGACCAAUGAUGAAGCAUCUGAAAAGCGCAUUGGCCGUGAAGGUGUAUUUGGUAAUCUGUUAUCACAUGAUGGGCAGCUCUGUCUUGUAGCAUUAUUAUUUUCAAGGAUGAUUUAUGAACGAAUGGAUGAGUUAUUGGUGGUUGUUAAGGGACUUGUAGGAGAGGAAUUUGAUUAUAACCCUGAAUUUGCUACUGAUCUGGAUGAUGUAUACGAGACAACGAAGUUAUUAAUAUAA